CUCCACCCCCCAGACAGAACUCAAAUCCCCGAAACCCUCCUCCUGCUCCCCCAACCCGCCCAUCACCAUCAAGGGAUGAAGUUACAGCCUCCAGGAUAGUAAAUCAACAAUUCAGCCAAUUUCCAAACUUUCAAUCCCACCAGAACUCAGAUGAGAAUCUAUCCGAGGCUCCCAGAAGCUCUCAAAGUCAGCAUGUAAAUAAAAACGGGUUUGAUGUUGUUGGACUUAAAAGUUCACAACAAGAAGAGAAGAAGGAUACAAAUCAGAAUGAUUUUAGAGUUUCGUCGAGACAGGAGAAUUCUGCUCCCGCUCCUUCCUCAGGUCUCACAAUUGAAGAAUUCCUCUCUAGGUAUCCUGAAGUAAAGCGAUUAAGUUCCAGGUUCAAUGAGAACGGAGAAGAUCUUGCAGCGGAACCAGAAGAACCGAGGGAUGAGAGAAAACAUGACAGAGCCAGGGAAGAUGAUAGAAAUCAAAAUCAAAACCAUCUUGGGAAUGGUCAGAUUCAUCAGGUUUUUAUUGAAGAACAAAGGAAUGAAAAUGACCAUGAACUAAUAAGAAACAGUGAAGAUUUAAACAACAGAAAAGAAAGCUUUACAGCAAUCUUUAAUACCAACCAAGAAGUUACAACUCCUAGUGCUCCGUCUCAUAUAACUCCUAAACAAAGACGACCUGCACAGAAGAAUCAAUCAAACCAGGAAAAGAACGGCAAUCGUAGACCUGGAAAAAAACAGAAUAAAAAUCCAAAACCCUCGGUGAAUGAACCUGAUGUUUUAGACGAUCCUGAAUAUCCCCUUUACACUGACUAUGAUUAUUACUAUGAUCAAUUGGUCCCAGAACAUGAAAGAUUUUUCCAGCUUCCUAAGAUUGAAGUUGAAAUUAUUGAGGAAAAUACCGCAAAACCUGAAUCCUUCCAAGUGUUUACUCAUUUCUCCCUUGAUACUGAACCAUCCCGACCCCAGCUCCCCCCUCCACCUCCCCCUGUAGAAGUUAAACCGGUGCAACAGACCCCUAGAACGCCAAAAGCACCAAAGAUCACGAGUUCACAGAACAGUAUAACUCCGGUUAAGCAACAUUCAUCUGCAGAUAUGUCCGGACCCUUCGGAUUUGUUGAAAAGGGAACUUUUUUCAUUGAUGACACUGUUUCCGGGUUUCCUGAGAGGAUUGAUAUGGUUUAUCAAGGAUUUGUUUGGGCAUUUGAUGUUUAUUAUCCUGAUCAAGAUACACAGAGACACGGAGGCAUUCAUACUAUCCUCAAGGAUAAGGUUAAGAAGGAGACCGUCAACCUCAAGAAUGAUUACAUAAUACGGAUAACAGGUCGAGCAUCUCCAUAUAACAUUAACCGUCUUACAUUUCACACCGCCAACGGUAAGGAGUUUGGUCCCUGGGGCGACCGACACAGCGACGAAAGUGCAGAUUUCGACGUGUCAGCUCCUGCAGGUUACGCCCUGUCCUUCUUCUCAGGAACCAUCGAUUUCGGGGUUCCUCUCCGCUCCGUCGGAUUCCAUUGGAAGAAGAUCUAAUCCAGUCCUGCCAAUUGCCAAUGAUAUGAGAACAUUAGAUUUUAAAGCAGUGUUUUUGUGCUUGAAAAAAUGAGUAAAGUUUCUCAUUUCAUUAUCUUUGGAACUCUAACCAUCAAAGUAUUAACGCGGUUCUCAGAGAAGCUGAAUAUUUGAGAUAAUGUCAUCUUUAUAGUUUUAACUCAUUUGUUUAGUUCAUUGUUACACUCUAACCUCGUUGAUUGUUACAAAUACUUUCUGUGAAAAUGUGUUCCGGGUCGUAGUUGAAUUUUACUCAUUUGACACACUCUCCUCUUGACAUCAAUUUAAUUUAGUAAGCACGUGUCAAGGACAGUUGGUGGCCAUUUUGCAAAUUUGAGUUACCUAAAAGAAUUUUGCUUUAAAUUCACUUCAUGUAACUACAAAUAAAACCCAUUUUUUUGCAAAAAUGAUGACCCACUAAAUAUGUGGUAUGUUUAUUGAAUCUUAUUUCUAUAUGUAGUCAAAGGCUGGAUAUAUUUUCUGAUCAUGUUUGCCAUUAAAUUCUUAUUUAUUGUUUAAACCUACAGUAUGAAUGCGCGUGAGACUAUAUUUAAAAUUCUCAUAAAGCGCGCGCGCACCUUCGUACUCUAUUCUGCUCAACUUCAAGUGUACAUUAUAAAAGAUUGUUCUAGUCAAUUAUACUUUAGUUUGUAGCAAUACAUAUUAAAAUUUGUUUUAA